AUGGAGUAUCUGAACAGGCAGUUGAGGACUUUUAAGAGGCAGCGUGAUUUUAAUUUUCGUCCCAAAUGUGCUAGAAUGAACAUUACUCACCUUGGUUUUACCGACGAUCUCCUGUUAUUCUGUAGGGGUAAUUUUGUCUCUGUUCAAAUGUUAUAUAAUUGCUUUCAAAUAUUCUCUCAAGCUUCAGGAUUGGUUGCAAAUGCUGACAAAAGCUCCAUUUAUUUUGGAGGAGUGUGUAAAGAUGAUCAGAAUGCUAUCUUGCAGGCCCUUGGUUUUACAAAAGGAGAGUUACCUUUCAGGUAUCUAGGGAUUCCACUUAGCACAAAGAGGACUAAUGUGUUGCAGUAUAAACCAUUGCUGGACAAGAUACUGAAUAAGAUUACCUCUUGGACAUUUAGUUUUCUGUCAUAUGCCGGUAGGCUGCAGUUCAUAAAGUCUGUCCUAUUUUCUAUACAGAUAUUUUGGUCUCAGGUUUUUGUUCUUCCAAAGAAGGUGGUCCAAUUAAUUGAGUCCUUAUGCAAAAGAUUCUUAUGGACAUGCAGUGUUGAUAUGUCAAGGAAAGCUCUAAUUGCUUGGGAAAGAUUAUGCUAUCCUAAAGCGGCUGGAGGUCUUGGGCUACUAGAUGUACAUGCAUGGAAUGCUGCUGCCAUUUGCAAGUUGCUAUGGAAUCUUUGCAAGAAAAAAGAUAAAUUGUGGGUACAAUGGGUGCACAUUUAUUAUGUAAAGGGUAGAAGGGUGUGGGACUCGCAGGCUAAUCAAGCAUCGUGGGUGAUUAGAAAGAUCCUAAAAGCCAAACUUAUUUUUGAGAAAGUAGGUAUUCUAGAACAAGAUGUGUAUCAAAUGGACAGCUUCUCCAUUAAGAAGUUAUACUGUAAGAUUAGGGGAGAUUGUCCAAAAGUUGAAUGGAGAAGACUAAUUUGCAGCAAUCAUGGUGCUCCUAGAUGGACUUUUAUUUUAUACUUGGCUAUCUAUAAAAGGCUCCUUACAAAGGAUAGAGUGGCACAGUUGAUUUCUGUUGAUAGUCUGGUGUGUCCUCUAUGCAAUGAUAGGAAUGAAUCUGCAGACCAUGUCUUCUUCAGCUGUCAUUAUUCUUUUGCUAUUUGGGACAAGUUGUUGCAGUGGCAAGGUAUUAAUAGGGUUUCUGGGGAAUGGAAAAAUGAAGUCGAUUGGGCUGUGAAAAAUAGUAAAGGUAGAUCGACUGGGGCAAUUAUCUAUCGAAUGACUUUGGCAUGUGGUGUAUAUUGUAUUUGGCAUGAACGAAACUUGAGACUAUUUCAGCAAAGGAGCAGGCCUGCAAGUGCAUUGAUAAGACAAGUUAUUCAAGAAGUUCACUACAUGCUACGGUUGCAGAGGAAACUAGAAGAACUUAGUUUUAUCCCUAAGGAGGGUGAGUAG